CAUAAGUAAUCGAAGGCUUAGUAGUAACGAGCUUCUCUCUCUCCCUCUCUCUCUUCGUUUCGGGUUCUUUCUCGUGCUCGAAAGCUUGCUUUGGAAAACUGUUCCAGAGAAGUUCUAAGGGUGGUGAGCACUGUAGUCAACGUUGCAUUACUUCAUAUCCUGACCUGGAAAUUUUGAAAAGUUAGUGCUCACUAUGGACAUAUCUAUUAAUGGAGAUAUAAGAAGUGAUCCUGCUCCAGUAAUUGAAGAAAUCGAUUUCUCUAAUUUCACAGAUAAGCCUAGAACUUUGAAUACAGAGAGACAAAGGUCGUGUGAUGAAAGUUUACUCAGUGAAUUAUCCAUUGGAUUGUCCCCUCGUCACUUAUUGAGGACUCUUGAUAGCCACCGAGUGGCUGACCAACUUGAUGGUACAUUUUCACCUGGUAGACGGUCUGGCUUUAAUACUCCAUGGUCGCAGAAUGGCUAUGAACCACAUCCUAUGAUGGCAGAAGCCUGGGAAGCAUUGCGGAGUUCCUUGGUACAUUUCCGAGGUCAGCCAGUUGGUACAAUUGCUGCAUUAGAUAACUCUGAUGAAAAACUUAACUAUGAUCAGGUGUUUGUUAGAGAUUUUGUUCCCAGCGCGUUAGCUUUCCUGAUGAAUAGUGAGCCCGAAAUAGUAAGAAAUUUCAUAUUGAAGACCCUUCGUCUUCAGUCGUGGGAGAAAAAAAUUGACAGAUUCCAGCUAGGAGAAGGAGUGAUGCCAGCCAGUUUCAAAGUACUCCAUGAUCCAGUCAGGAAUUUUGAGACUUUGAUAGCAGACUUUGGAGAGAGUGCCAUAGGAAGAGUUGCUCCUGUUGAUUCUGGUUUUUGGUGGAUUAUAUUACUCCGGGCUUAUACAAAAUCCACAGGAGAUUCUUCCUUGGCUGAACUGCCUGAGUGCCAGAAGGGCAUGCGCCUGAUCUUAAGUUUAUGCCUUUCGGAGGGGUUUGACACUUUUCCUACUCUUCUUUGUGCUGAUGGAUGCUGUAUGAUUGAUCGCAGGAUGGGUGUUUAUGGCUAUCCCAUUGAAAUUCAGGCUCUUUUCUUCAUGGCUUUAAGAUGUGCAUUAGUUUUACUUAAGCAAGAUGAUGAGGGCAAGGAAAUUGUACAACGAAUAUCCAAACGACUUCAUGCCUUGAGCUAUCACAUGAGAAGUUACUUCUGGCUAGACUCGAAGCAACUAAAUGAUAUAUACCGCUACAAGACAGAGGAAUACUCUCACACAGCGGUCAACAAGUUCAAUGUGAUACCAGAUUCUCUUCCAGAAUGGGUAUUCGAUUUUAUGCCAAUUCGUGGUGGCUACUUUAUUGGGAAUGUCAGUCCUGCAAGAAUGGAUUUUCGAUGGUUUUGCUUGGGAAACUGUAUUGCAAUUCUUUCAUCUAUGGCCACCCCUGAGCAAUCUACUGCAAUUAUGGAUCUUAUAGAAUCACGAUGGGAGGAACUGGUAGGAGAAAUGCCAUUAAAGGUUGUUUAUCCAGCCAUAGAAAGCCAUGAGUGGCGGAUUGUAACUGGAUCUGACCCAAAGAAUACAAGAUGGAGCUAUCACAAUGGAGGAUCAUGGCCAGUGCUUUUAUGGCUUCUCACCGCUGCAUGCAUCAAGACUGGACGUCCCCAAAUUGCAAGGCGUGCCAUUGAACUUGCUGAAAGCAGGUUGCUAAAAGAUAACUGGCCUGAAUAUUAUGAUGGUAAGCUUGGUCGGUACAUUGGGAAGCAGGCGCGCAAAAACCAAACCUGGUCUAUUGCUGGUUACUUGGUAGCGAAGAUGAUGCUGGAAGACCCAUCUCAUUUGGGAAUGAUAGCACUCGAGGAGGAUAAACAGAUGAAGCCCCUAAUGAGAAGAUCAAAUUCAUGGACAUUUUGAUUCUAAAAAUCAACAUGAACCCUUGCCUCUAGAAGGAAAUUCGUAGGUGAGGAUAAUAGAACUAAGAUGAAGCUAACUUCUUGCAAAAUAAGAUGUUCUUUUUGUAUGUGUUGGCCAUAUGUCUUCUAUAGGGCUUGACUUUUGUUAUUCUUUGUUUUCAUUUUUUUAUGGUCUUUCUCUUGCUUCC